UCAAGUAAGAGACGAGAUAAGGAAAGUCCUUAAAAUCAACUUAUUCCACUCUAACCAUUACUUGUAUCUUAUCGUCACUGUUGCCACUCUUGUUUAAAAUGGUUCAACAUCUCUACCGCUGGGUCGACUCCUCCAUCACUGAUGAAAAAUUUCCUUCCACAGCGAUUCAAAUCGGUGCGGAUAGCCACGGCCAUCCUAUUUACGUAGGAAGAGCGUACUUUAAUAACACUUUGACUCCUGUGCACGUCGUCCCAGAGCACAAAAUAGCUUAUCUGCCUAACGAUGGCAAAGAACAUUGCGUUGACAAAUAUCAAAUUUUGUGUUUGAACCAUUUCAAAUGGGUGCCAAGUGAAGGCGGCGUAGUACUUCCAGGGGCAGUACAGGCUGGUCGUAAUAAAGAUGGUAUCCCCCUGUAUGUAGGCAGAGUGUUCCACGAAGGUACCUCGAUUGUCGGAAUGAUAAAUCCGAAAACUCUAGUUUGCUAUUUUCCUUACCAGGGCAAACAGCUAGUAGCCCAGAGUUACCAGGCCCUGGUUUCUCACUUCUACGAGUAUGAGGUCCAAUCUAAUUACGAAAGUGUUCCUAAGAAAUUUGGAAGGUUCCUCAAUUAUUGUAAUCCAGCUCCUCUCUACCACUGGGUCGAUUCUUCCAUCACCGACCCCAUAUUCCCUCACACGGCCGUUCAGAUCGGUAGCGAUGCCCACGGCCAUCCUGUUUACGUCGGAAAAGCACCAGUUAAGGACAUUGUGGCCCCUACCACCGUCAUCCCAGACCACAAAAAAGCCACUGUGCCCAAUUAUCAGAAUGAAUCUUCCGUUGAAAACUAUCAGCUUUUGUGUUUGAACGAAUUGAAAUGGGUGCCAGAUCAUGACGGCAGGGUACUACCAGGGGCGGUACAAGCUGGUUACAAUAAGGAUGGUUUCCCGUUGUACGUGGGCAAGGUGUUCCACGAAGGAUCCUGGAUUGUCGGAGCGAUAAAUCCUAAACAGGAAGUUUGUUAUUUCCCUUACAAUGGCAAAGAGUUAUCAAGCAAGCAUUACGAAGCCCUGGUCGCGGAUUUCUUUAGAGACUAACAGUGGGUUUUAAAAUCACGAGAGAAGUUUCGUAUACGAAAAAUGUACAUUAUUCAGUUUAAUAUUUUAUUACUUAUUUUUAGACCAAACCACAUUGACUUUUACUCUUUUUAAAACAGUUGCAAAAAGUACUAUUGAUUGUUAAGUGUGAGUGAAGUAAUAAAAACGAUUAGUUGUUUGG